AUGAAUUAAACUCGUAAGUAGUAGAGUCAAUAAAAGUUAAAAAUUUCCUUAAUUUCUAAUAAGAAAAGGGAGUUUAAUCUCAAAAUAUAAGAAAAGAUAUAUUCAAAAGCCCUGAAACCUGUUGUUUUCAAGGGCAAACCAUCUUCUCUAAAAAAUUUAGAUUUAGCCACUACAUCUAGUACUGAGACAUUACUGAAUGAGUCCUUUCAAGAUAAUAAAAGUUGUUGUUGCUUGGAUUGUGGAGUUGACAGUAGGAAGACUAAACAUCUAUAAAAGAAGUUUAUAAGCUUCACAACCAAAAUGUCAGUAAUUAGAAAACAAAGACUAAUAAAGAGAUUCCAGAAUGCAGUUUUCUGCAUAAUGUAUCUCUUGAGGAAGUGGAAAAAAAUUAGAUAAUAAGAAAGAGCAAAAAGACUAUUUAGGUUUAAAACCAAGGUUUUUGAAAACUAACCUUUUAUUACAGGCCAGUCACAUCAUAUAGCCAACCCAAUUAUAUAUAGUAAUUCUUAAAUUCCUAAUGAUGACAAAGGAAAUUUUAAUUAAUAAGUUUAAUCUAUUCAAGCUUAAAUUAUAGAUUAGAAACAUAAAUAGAGAUUAUCAGUAAAACUCUAUUUAUAAUAAAAAUUAAACAACAGCAAAACAUAAUCCUCAGCCAUACUACCAACUAUUGCCUACAGCAAAUAUCACAAUUCCCUUUCUAAUUUGCUACUUUAGCCAAUGAAGAUUCUGAAAACUUUAGGAGAUGAAUAAAAGCCCUUAAAAAAGGAGUAUAAUUUACUUAAUUGUGGCUCCUCUUUGAUUAAUUCUCCUUACCUUUGUCAGCUUAGUGGAUAAAAACCAUAAGAAUAAUGCCUCUCUUAAAUAAAGUCUGCUAGAUCAGUGACGAAGAGUAUAGCAUCUGAAACUUUCUUUCCUUAUAAAUAAAGUAUAAAUAAGUUUAGAAAAUCAUUGCAAAAAAGCAUGAGAGAUAUAGUUUUGAUUACAUUUUUAUAUUAAUUUUGA